GAUUUCAAGCCCCCCGUGAAGGCAGUAAAGUGUUGCCCCCCCCUCUCAGGUCCGGAGGGCGAUGCUGAAAUGAUGCAACCAGAGGAGGGGGAGAGAGGAUCAUCCGGCUGCUGCCAGACAGAAAGAAACUGACGUCCGAAGCCGAUGUUGCCCGCAGUCCGAAGUUGUGAAUAAGUGAACUGUUUGCGCCGCCAAAUGAGCCGCCGUUGGACGUUUAUCAACGCGUCAAAGACAAAAAUGAGAAGUACCGCAGAUUGAGCCGUAGAUGCAUCGGCAUCAGAGAGCUCAGUAUGAAGAAGUCGGUCCGGCCCGCGGUGAGCAAAGGCAGCGGGGACCGAGGGAAGGCUGAGAGCACGGCGACCUCUGGGACCGCAAAGCCAGCCGCCAAGACGAGCGCCACGGCACCUCUGCCCAAGGUGAAAAGCAAUGAUGACCUUUUAGCAGCGAUGACCGGAGGCAAUCCGGCGUCAAGUAACCCUGUGAAUAAGACCAAGAGGACCGCCUCCGUUGGGACUAAUGCUAGUAACCUAGACAGCAAGCCAAAGAUGACAGCGGGUGCUUCAUCCAAGCGGACAACCUCUUCGAUUGCCAAGGAGCCAAAUUCAUCGCGAGAGCGUCUCCGCACAUCCAGGGCGUCGGCCAAUAAGAAGCAGGCGGUGUCCGGGCCCGCGGCGGGGGAUGCCGCGGCAUCGGGGAAGCGCUCUCGAGGCCAGCCUCCGGCAGAGUCCGAGGGCCGCAUGAGCAAGUCUAAAUCGGACGGCCAGAUCAGCGACAAGGUGGCUCUGGAGACCAAAGUCAAAGACUUGUUGGGUCUGGCUAAAAGCAAAGAUGUGGAGAUCCUUCACCUGCGGGGCGAGCUCAGGGACAUGAGGGCCCAGCUUGGCUUGGGAGGGAAGGAGGCAGCGCAGCAGGAAGAAGCCAGGGAGGAACAGCAGCAGCAGGAAGAGGAGGAGGAGGAGGAGGAGGAGGAGCAGCAGCAGCAGCAGCAGCAGGUGGAGGAGGUGGAGAAGCCCCAGGUUUCAGCCAUCACGGCGGCUGACGUGGAGUCGACCCUGAUCCUCUUGCAGGAGCAGAACCAGUCCAUCAGAGUGGAGCUCAACCUCCUGAAGAGUGAGAACCGGAUGCUGAAGGACCGGCUCAAUGCGCUGGGCUUCUCCCUGGAGCAGAGGCUGGACGCCUCCGACAAGCUGUUCAACUACGCCUGCCUGAGCCCGGACCUGGCCGCCGGCAGCGGGCAGAGUGACGGCGGAGGCACGGGUACCCUGACCUCCUCGGUGGAAGGCUCGACCCCCGGCUCCCUGGAGGAUCUGCUGGCGGGGCACCAGCACGGAGGCUCGGCAGACAACCUCGACAGCGAAUCCAGCGAGGUCUACCAGGCGGUCACCUCCAGCGACGACGCCCUGGACGCGCCCUCCUCCUCGUCGGAGUCGGAGAGCGCGCCGAGCCGGGAGCGCUCCCGCAGGGGCAGCAGCGACAACGCCAGCGAGGUGUCGGUGGCCUGCCUGACGGAGCGCAUCCACCAGAUGGAGGAGAACCAGCACAGCACGGCCGAGGAGCUCCAGGCCACGCUGCAGGAGCUGGCCGACCUGCAGCAGAUCACCCAGGAGCUGAACGGGGAGAACGAGCGCCUGGGCGAGGAGAAGGCCAUCCUCAUGGACUCGCUGUGCCAGCAGAGCGACAAGCUGGAGCUGUACGGCCGUCAGAUCGAGUACCUGCGCGCGCUGCUGGACGACCAUCACAUCUCCUACGGGCUGGAGGAGGACAUCAAGAGCGGCCGCUACAUGGAGCUGGAGCAGCGCUACUCGGACCUGUCGGACAACGCCCACUUUGACAGGGAGCAGCUGCUCGGGGUUCAGCAGCACCUGUCCAACACUCUGAAGAUGGCCGAGCAGGACAACGCCGAGGCCCAAGAGAUGAUCGGAGCGCUGAAGGAGCGGAACCACCAGAUGGAGCGCAUCAUGGAGUCGGAGAGGCAGGGUCGAGCCGCCAUGGGCGCCGCUCUGGAAGAGUACAAGGCGGCGGUGAGCAGCGACCAGGCGGAACUGAGCCGCUGCAGGAACCAGCUGGACCAGGAGAGGCAGAGGGUGGCCGAGUUGUACUCGCUGCACACGGCCGGGGACAAAAAUGACAUCUGCCAACUGCUGGAAGGGGUACGCCAGGGGAAAGAAGAGGCGGAGGCCAAGGCGGCCAAGCUGCAGGAGGAGCUGGCGCAGGCCCACAGUGAACUCGCUCGGCUGCAGGAGGCUUUCAGUAAGCUGGACCGGGACUACAGACACUUCCAGGAGCAGGUGCAGCAGCAGAUGGCCGAGCAGGAGCGCGUCCUGGAGAAGCAGCGAGCGGAGCUGCAGGAGAAGGAGACCGAGAUUGCCGACAUGAAGGAAACCAUAUUUGAGCUGGAGGACGAGGUGGAGCAGCACCGCGCUCUUAAACUCCACGACAACCUCAUCAUCACGGACCUCGAGAACUCGAUGAAGAAGCUGCAGGACCAGAAGCACGACAUGGAGCGAGAGAUUAAGAUUCUUCACCGCAAACUCAGGGUAAGCAGGGAGGAGUCUAUGGAGUGGCGUCAGUUCCAGGCGGAUCUGCAGACGGCCGUCGUCAUCGCUAACGACAUCAAGUCCGAGGCGCAGGAGGAGAUCGGAGACCUGCGGCGCCGGCUGCAGGAAAACCAGGAGAAGAACGAGAAGCUGUGCAAGGAGCUGGACGAGGUCAAGAGCCGCAAGCAGGACGAGGAGAGAGGCAGAGUGUAUAACUACAUGAACGCAGUGGAGAGGGACCUGGCGGCUCUCAGGCAGGGGAUGGGUCUCAGCCGGCGAUCCUCCACCUCCUCAGAGCCCUCGCCCACCGUCAAGACCCUCAUCAAGAGCUUCGACAGCGCCUCGCAAGGCCCUCCUUCUAACGGGAGUCCCUGCACGACGCCGACAGCCGCUGCCGCUCCGCUCCCGCGCACCCCCCUCAGCCCGAGUCCCAUGAAGACGCCCCCAGCGGCGGCUGUCUCACCCAUACAGAGACACUCCGUACCCGGCUCCAUGUCAGCAGCCAAGCCGCUCUCGUCCCUGAGUGACAAGAGGCCCAGCUACACUGACCUCACCAUGCCAGCCGAGCACCUUCUCAGGGGAACCUCGGCUAGCCGACCGCCGUCUGUCCACCAGAGGGGCUCCAACAUGGACUCCACCAAGACGAUAUCGGUGUCCCGUCGGAGCAGUGAGGAGAUAAAGAGGGACAUGUCCGCUCCGGAUUCCUCCUCGAGCUCCCUGAUGGCUAUGAGUGCCGCUUCCUCGCCGCUCUCCCUGUCUUCCUCCUCCCCCACCGCCUCCAUCACCCCCACAGCACGCAGCCGCCUAAGAGAAGAGAGAAAGGACCCGCUGUCGGCACUGGCCCGAGAGUAUGGAGGCUCCAAGAGAAACGCCUUGCUGAAGUGGUGCCAGAAGAAGACUGAGGGUUAUCAGAACAUUGACAUCACGAACUUCAGCAGCAGCUGGAACGACGGCCUGGCCUUCUGCGCUGUGCUGCACACCUACCUGCCCGCACACAUCCCCUACCAGGAGCUCACCAGCCAGGAGAAGAGGAGAAACUUCACCUUAGCGUUCCAGGCUGCAGAGAGUGUGGGCAUCAAAUGCACUCUGGACAUAAAUGAGAUGGUGCACACGGAGCGGCCGGACUGGCAAAGUGUCAUGACUUAUGUCACGGCCAUAUACAAGUACUUUGAGACCUGACUCCGCCGCCAUCUCCCCCCACCCUGCUGCUGCGGCACAAUCUGCCCCCCCCCCCCUCCGCACCAAUAAUAUAUAACACUGAGAUAGACCACAGGUACACAGUUCCUGAAUCCUUCCGAUGCCGUGUGGAGAGUCCGAGGGGCUCGUCUGCGUGUCCACUGCAACACUACUUAGCCAACCGAGUCUCAGUGCCUUCUACCCGGCGAAUGAUGUUCCUUUACCGUGAAAACUAGUUUCCGGGGGGGAGGAGGGGGUUCCUGCAAUUCAGCUUAGUCAGAGGAUUUAUUCUCAUCAAUAGACCUCAUGUUUUGUUCCUAGUUGUGAAUAAUUUGCGGGAAGAUUCUACAGAAACGAGCCUCAUUAUUACGAGACAAGACGCAGCCUUAUUGCUCCAAGUCUUCCAGACGUCACAGAAAGAUAAAGGUGCCUCUCUCUCUUCUGAUGGAUAAAGUGCCUGUGAGGAGAGCAGGAAAUGCGCUCUCCCUACGUGCCAAACCUCCACAGAAGUCGGCAGUUGUUGUUUUUUUCCCUCCCACUACACUUUGUGAAGCUGAAGAUUUUCAGGAGCCGUUGCCAAAAUAUGCUUUGCGGCCUUCCGAUUGUCCCUUUCUGACAUAAUUGGUAACGAGGACGGAGCGAUGCUGCAGACAGCCACUACAUCGUGAGCAUCGGCUCACGACUGACAGAAAUAUGCCGUGUUGCAGCAGCGCGGACGUGCGUACGGAGACGAUGAGGGUUUGCAUUUGGUAGACAUGCGUUUCCCGGCCUUGCACUUGGACAUUCUUUCAUCCGGCACAUUCAUGCACACGGCGUCGUUUCAUCGUUACCAAAAUAUGAGCGAGUAGUAGUUAGUCGUUUUUGAUGAAAUGUGUGUUUGACUCUUAAGUCGUGUUGAGAUCAGAGAGUCUUAAACUUUUGAAUCUUUGAAUCCUGCUGGCUCUAGUUUCACAUUCAAUGCACAGAUAUCAGGGGCUCCAAUCCUCUCCUCCUUCAACCGGCAGGACGGCAAGAAAUCGUUUUUCCUGAAACCCCGAAUAAUUCCUUUCACAUGUGUCAUCAUUCAUUUUCAGCUCAAAAUAUGCACAAGUAAUUGGACAAUUCAUUGCACCAUUGCCAUAUUUAGUGUGUGAAUACUGAUGUGGUGUUAGACAAGUAGUUUGGGAAACUACCCUUUUGAAAUUCCUAGGAUGACUUUGUUAUUGUAGAGAUACUUUGUAGCACACAAUGUCAUAUAUUUUGUGGGAUUUCAGUCAGUACCAUUAGUGUGCAUUCAACUUUAGGUCCCCUUAUUUUGUAUUUAGAAGCAAUAAAGAAACAUGUCAUUAAUGGUUUAUCGCGCUGUGUAAUGUAGUUGUAAGAGCUUUAAGGACAGUUUGAAUGUUUAAUGAUGUAUACUUUUUCAACAGUAAUAACUUCUAACAAGAUUUAUUUAUAUAAUUACAACUUUGAUUCACUAUAUAGUUUCAUUAUUUAUCUGUUAAUAAAGCAGCCUCCACUUAUGGGUGUCCACAGGAAGAAUUACAGUUGCGGAAAAAUACAUUAAUAAACACUAAAAUAUGUUUACAGGCGGCUUUUAACUAAAUAAUAAGUCAUUUAAAUGUAUACAUGCUCCUUCAAAAUUCUAAAUAAGGGGAUUUAAAGUAAAGUGACACCAUGUUAUGCGGUCUGACUGCCGUGUUUAUCUUGCCUCAACAUACCAAGUUCACUGUAUUUAUUUUGCAUGGUUACCAACCCUUGUAAUGAGGUCAUUGCUUUAUGCGUGUGUGUCUGAAGUGAAUUUAUUACAGUAAGUAGCUGCACUGAGAUAAGCUGUCCGUAUUCCGCAACUUCCUGCCUUAAACAGUUCAUCCGAACUGUGACAUUUCAGACCGUGGUUAUCUUAGCGCUUGUCGCAGUGUGGAACCGGUUACUAAACCCAAGGCCGUUCUUGUUUGAGCCCCUUGAGGAACGCUAAUGGUGCGUGAUGGUCACUAACUGUCUGGUGAAGGUGACCACACACGCACACACACACACACUCUGCUUUGACUCUGAUCAGAUGAGGCUUCUCUCCACAGCAACAUCGGAUACAACGUUUUUGUCUUGUAUUUUUAGAAGCGCAUCCUGCCAAGCAACAUCCACCCAGUGUGUGCAGCUGCAGGAGACAUUCAGUGAUUUAACGAUAGCACAAGAUUCUGCAACAAUGACCUUUUUUUUAUGUGUGUGUGUGCGCGCAGAAGAGUGCGAGGUGAAUAUUUAAUGAGUUCUGAAAGCACCGUCUCUCUAUUGAUCGCGGUUUUGUUGCUGAGGAUUGUCGGCCAACGGUUUUACGGUGUCCCGCCUGGUUCCAGCGCGGGCCCACGUGUGUUUUAUUGCUCCCGUCAGGAACGUCCCGAGAGCUCCAGGAUGAUUCGAAGCCUCUCGAUCCUGGAAGGGGAAUGUGUUUUUGAUCACGCUUUGGCGGUCCCGCGACUUUACGAGGUCCUGCGUGUGUUGAUGUACAGAGUGAUGGAUGAACACGAGAGGAGAUCAGGCGGCUCGUGAAAGCCAGGAAGCACAUUCCACCUCCACGUGAUGCAUUCGCGAGGGACACGUUACACUAUUUAGGACCGGAGAAAUGUGUAGCUUUACCAUAACGAGCAAAGCAAAUGUGAAAAGUCAACCUACAUUUAUUUCUUUGUUUACUUGAAAAUGCUCUGAGUAGUCCACUGAACCUGCUUUACUUUUUUUAUUCCAUGUUGCCUUUUUUUAUUUUUUACAAUCCAUUCCACAUUUUUUUUUUUCCCCUCAUCAUUACAUGCAGUGAAAUGGGCCCUUUGAAAGGGUAAAGCUGAAUGAAUAAAUGUGGGUGUAUUUGUGAGUGUGUAAAGGGACUAAGCUACAGUAUUAAGUGCACACUACGAUGAUAAUCAGUAAGAAAUAAACGAAAACAACAAA